UUUACGUCUUCAUUCAUUCAUUCCGCUAGUUUAUGUUUUAUUUUGAAAAGCUAACGUUGACCCGGAUACGGAAGUAGCUAAACCCCGUGCGUUUGUGUGGAAAAUGCCAGCUGACGGUGCAGCAAAAGAGCCAAAACCUGUAAUUUCUCAUGCUGAAGAAAAGGUUCUUUGGAAAAAAAGAAAAGCAGAAUUGAAGGAGACGCAGAAGCAGUGGAAAAAGGAAAAACUCAUCAAACGAUUAGAAAAACGGAAACAGCGAGAGGCCGCAGAGAAAGCAAAGAAUGAAGAAGUCCAGAACAAAGCCGGUCGGUCUUACACAGUGAGUAUAGCUCUGCCCGGCUCUGUCCUGGACAACGCUCAGUCCCCGGAGCUCCGUACUUACCUGGCGGGGCAGAUUGCUCGGGCUUGUGUUGUGUUCUGUGUUGAUGAGAUCAUCGUGUUUGAUGAGCAAGGGGAAGAUGUCCGGAGUGUUGAAGGAGAAUUUAGUGGUGUUGGGAAGAAGGGCCACGCUUGUAUUCAGCUUGCUAGAAUACUUCAGUACAUGGAGUGUCCUCAGUAUCUGCGCAAAUGGUUUUUCCCAGUGCAUAAAGACUUGCAGUAUGCAGGUUUGCUCAACCCUCUGGACAGCCCCCACCACAUGAGGAUAGAUGAAGAGUCCGACUACAGAGAAGGACGAGUCCUGGACAAACCGCCCAAACCUGGAAAAGGAUCCGUAGUUGGCUGUGGAAUGAGGAAGGACGUUCGGAUUGAUAAACAGUUGCAGCCUGGCCUACGAGUCACAGUGAAGCUCGAUAAGACCUGGAACCAAGCAAGCAGACUGCACAAAGGUGUUGUUGUGGCUCCUCACGUGCCGAGAACCGAAGGUGGUCUAUACUGGGGCUACACCGUCCGCCUGGCGUCCUGUCUCAGUUCAGUUUUCACAGAAAGUCCGUAUAAAGAAGGAUAUGAUCUGACUGUUGGUACGUCAGAGAGGGGCACCAGCGUGGACCAAGCUACGCUGUCACCGUUCAAGCAUCUCUUGGUGGUUUUUGGUGGUCUUCGGGGUUUGGAAGCCAGCGUGGAUUCUGACCCGAACCUGGAUGCAACUGAUCCUAGUCUUUUAUUUGACCUGUACCUAAACACGUGUCCGGGUCAGGGCAGCAGGACCAUUCGAACAGAGGAAGCGAUCCUUAUUUCUAUGGCCGCGCUGAGACCAAAGAUCACAGCAACCUUUCCAGAUGUGUCCAGUGGUUCAUGCUAACACUCCUAACUGGUGUUUCAGUGAAAAUGCUGCAUAUUUUUGUAUUCUGUAAUAAUUAUGGAGCGUUUUAAAUGUACACAUGUAAAUACAGAUCUACAUCCUCUGCUCUUUUUCACACAUAAUUACUUUGAGUAAAUGGAAGAAAGAAGGCACACAAAAGGUUUUUGAAAUGAAACAUUUUAUGAGCAAACAGUUCAGACAUGUCUGCAGUGGUGGAGCGGUUCAUCUGGAGCUGGAAUAUAUUUCUAGUCGGAGAUUAUAAAAGUUACAGAUUAAAGUGUAAUCCCAUUCCAGCGGCUGAGCAUGCAUCUACCCUUUAAAUUAUUGUCUCGUCUCCUCAGACCCCAUCUGCAUGUCCCGUGGGCCUCGCUGGAAUUAGGUGCAGCAAACACAAGGAAGAUUGUUAUUGAAGUGUUUGUUUUAGAUCAUAUUGUUCAGGUUGUUUAUUUUUCAGAAUAAAAUCCAAUCUUGUGAAAUGUU